UGGGGACGCGAAAAUUUUUGUCAUUGUAUACGCAAUCGGGGAAGAUAGCGUCAUCACCGAACGUAACCGCCAAGUUUGAUAACUGCUAACUUUCUCUUGGCAGUAAGCGAAGGAAGCCCUGCAUCCAGCUUCACUCCGCGGCAGUCAGCGAGCCAGCACGUUCGCGAGGAACGGCGCGCGCUCGCGAUCCAACGCGAAAUUCAAAAUUAGAACUUCGACACGAAAAGUGAUAUUUACCGGGCAGACGUGUUUUGUUUUGUCUAUGAUUUUUUUGAGUGACCAUUGUUCGUUUUGUUUUUGGUGACAUCAUGGGAUCUAUGAAAAUGAUAAGACGAAGUCUAUGGUUUUUGGCGGUUGUGUCGCUACAGACACAGGCGCAGAAAAGCAGAAUAGAAGACAGCAACGGACAAACAGUUCCUAGUGACUUAAGAAGAGCAGUUAGCGAAGCGUUAGCCGCUGAGAGGAGGUUUUUGCUGGGAGCUAAGGAUGUAUACAAUUGUACUUCUGAGGAGGACGACGUAAGCAACACGCCGUGUCCUCCCAGCAAGUACCGAAGUGCCAGCGGAGAGUGCAACAAUGUGAGGCAUCGACCGUGGGGAAGAAGAGGCGAUGUACUCAUACGACUGCUGCCUCCGAAUUACGCUGAUGGUGUAUCACAGCCAAUGUCACCUCCCCGUCUACCAGAGCCAGCGCUGGCGAUCAUGGCGGUGGCUCAGUUGGCUCAGCCCGCGGAACACGACUACGUCACCAGCAUGCUGGCUGCGUGGGGACAGUUUGUGAUGGAUGACCUCAUCGCCACAGCUAACGGAAAUAAGAAUUGCCAGGGACCAGUUUGCGAGUAUAUGCGUUCAGCGCCGACGAGAAAUAUCGACAACUGUGGUUUUGAGCACAGAGAACAGAUGAACAUGGCAACGUCCGUAUUAGACGGUUCCGCUCUGUACGGAAGCUCGGAAAAAGAGCUUCGGUCGCUGCGGCUGUAUGACGCAGGGAAAAUGGACGUGGGCUCUUGUCGCAAAUGUAAGGACGGUUCGCCAACGGCUCCUCUAUACAGAACCCUGGUAGCAGAACACAACCGCAUAGCCGGCCAGCUGUACUCGAUGAAUCCUUUCUGGGAAGACAACACUCUGUUCUUAGAGGCUCGAAGAGCUAUGGCCGCAAUCAUCCAGCACAUUACUUAUAAUGAGUUUCUGCCAGUCUUGUUGGGAGAGGUUGGAAUGGCCAAAGCGGAGCUAAAACUAACUUCCCUGGGAUUCUGGCGCGGAUAUUCUAGUUCCAACCGUGCUGGUGCGUACGCCGAAUUGGUCUCAGUAGCUCCGAUUUUUAGCGCUAUGAUGAAUGAGAAAUUGCUAAACACUACAGUAACUCUUCAAGACCUGGUCAAAACAAAUUCUCACCAAGUAUCUAGGUUCCCCUCGUCAGCCCAGUGGGACCUCAAUCGAGCUCGCGAUCAUGGCCUGCCGUCGUAUCUGAAGGUUCUACGUAUGUGCGACCCCAUGGCUAAUGUCAAGUCCUACGGUGAUUUCGAUAAGCUCGGUUUCGACAGAACUCACCAGGAAAUGAUGGCUGACAUGUACAGAAACGCUGAAGACAUUGAGCUGAUGAUAGCUGGAGCCAUAGAGAAACCCGCUUCUGGUGCAGUCAUUGGAUCUACUUUAGCAUGCGUACUGGCUUUUCAAUUCGCUAACUUGAAAAAGAGUGAUAGAUUCUGGUAUGAAAAUGAUCUUCCUCCAUCCUCCUUCGCUCCGGAGCAACUUGCAGCUAUCAGAAGAGUAUCUCUUGCUGGUCUCCUGUGUGCUGCUGACGAGACUCUCGACCGCAUCCAACCUAAAGCCUUCGUCAAGGAAGAUCCGUACUUGAACGCAGCUCAACAGUGCUCGCAGCACAGCAGCCUGGAGGUGUCGGCGUGGCGCGACGACACGGGUGCCAAGGCCGCCGAGCGCCUGUCGCAAGACAUGCUCGCCGCCGCGAUGCACAAGGCCAAGAAAGAGAUGGCGGACCGAAAGAAGCUCGAGUACAUGCUCUGGGAAACGCAUGGAGGAGCUGAUCCUAAGUCGCCAGUUGGAACUGCAGCCUCAUUCUCCAAGGCCAAUAAAUAUGCACUGAAGCUCGCAAACACUUCAUUGUUCUUUGAGUUCGCCACCAACGAACUUCUCAACUCUGUUAAUGGACGUCGCCGCAAACGUCAGAUAUUCAGCGAUUCCCUCGGAUUCGGUUCAGCAAACGAUUUCGUGGAUUCCUUACAAUCCGUCGACGUCAGUAGCUUCCUCGGUCAGGACCAACUCGGGCCGGUCAUCGAACCCCAGUGCGACGAUAGUAGCAGCUGCGACCCUGACAACCCGUUCAGAACUUACACCGGACAUUGUAACAACUUGAGAAAUCCUAACUUGGGGAAGAGUUUGACUACCUUCGCGAGGUUACUGCCGCCCGUGUAUGAAGAUGGUGUAAGUCGUCCCCGCAUCAACUCGGUGACAGGAACGCCGCUGCCGUCGCCUCGCAUCGUGUCUACAGUGAUCCACCCUGACAUCUCCAACCUGCACACCCGCUACACUUUGAUGGUGAUGCAGUUCGCUCAAUUCCUUGACCACGAACUUACUAUGACUCCAAUUCAUAAAGGUUUCCACGAAUCGAUCCCCGACUGUCGAUCAUGUGAUUCGCCUAGAACCGUGCACCCUGAGUGCAACCCAUUCCCCGUACCGCGUGGAGAUCACUACUACCCUGAAGUCAACAUCACAUCGGGCGAACGACUGUGCUUCCCUUUCAUGAGAAGUUUACCUGGACAACAACAAUUAGGACCUCGUGAGCAAGUGAACCAAAACACGGCGUUCAUCGACGCGUCGGUGGUGUACGGCGAGAACCCGUGCAUCGUGCGCAAGCUGCGCGGCUUCAACGGCCGCCUCAACGCCACGGCCAACCCGCACAACGGCCGCGACCUGCUGCCGCGCUCCGACAACCAUCCUGAGUGCAAGGCUCCUAGCGGUUUCUGUUUCAUUGCUGGUGACGGCAGAGCAUCCGAGCAGCCUGGUCUAACCGCUAUUCACACAAUCUUCCUCCGAGAGCACAACCGCGUGAUAGAAGGCUUACGAGGUGUCAAUCCUCACUGGGACGCGGACCUUCUGUUCGAGCAUGCUCGGCGCAUCAUCGCCGCGCAAUUGUCCCACGUCAUCUACAAUGAGUUCCUGCCGAGAUUGCUUUCCUGGAACGCAGUCAAUCUAUACGGGCUCAAAUUGUUGCCUUCUGGUUACUACAAAGAAUACUCACCAACAUGCAACCCAUCCAUCGUGACGGAAUUCGCAGCAGCCGCGUUCCGAUUUGGUCACUCGUUGCUCAGACCGCACUUACCACGUCUAUCACCAAACUACACACCAGUCGACCCACCUAUCCUAUUGAGAGACGGAUUCUUCAGACCUGACAUGUUCAUGAACCAUCCACCAAUGGUAGACGAACUUAUCCGAGGCCUCACAUCCACCCCCAUGGAAACACUCGAUCAAUUCAUCACUGGUGAAGUCACCAACCAUCUGUUCGAGGAUCGCAAAAUUCCCUUCUCAGGCAUUGACUUAGUCGCCCUGAACAUACAAAGAGCGAGAGACCACGGCGUUCCCAGCUAUAACAACUACAGAGCACUUUGCAACCUGAAGAGAGCUACUACCUUCGAAGACUUGGCUAGGGAGAUACCUGAUGAAGUUAUUGCUAGGUUUAAGAGGAUAUACGCAACAGUGGACGACAUUGACCUGUUCCCGGGAGGUAUGAGCGAGCGACCACUGCAGGGCGGGCUGGUGGGGCCCACCUUUGCCUGCAUCAUCGCCAUACAGUUCCGACAGCUCAGAAAAUGUGACCGCUUCUGGUACGAGAACGACAAUCGAGCGGCGCGCUUCACGGAGCAGCAGCUGGCGGAGAUCCGCAAGACGACGCUGUCCAAGAUCAUGUGUGACAACUUCGACGUGGCCAGCGACAUCCAGCGCGCCGCCUUCGACCUGCCCAGCAACUUCCUGAAUCCCCGCGUGCCAUGCUCGUCUCUGCCCAAGAUCGACCUGUCAGCGUGGCGCGAAAGCUCCACGCAAGGCUGCCUCAUCGCCGCACGUAAUGUGGCGCUCGGGGACUCGGCCUUCCCGUCGCCUUGCACCUCCUGCAUUUGCACUGUUGAAGGGGCCCAAUGCGCGUCCCUCCGCAUAACAGACUGCGCGCAGCUAUGGCGCGAAUGGCCGAGAGAGGCUGUGUUACGCGACGACGUAUGUACCGCGCAGUGCGGCGCUGCGCCCGCGCAACAACGCGCGCCGAGGCGACAAAAUCUCAACUUUAAGUUCCCCGACCUUACGCCCUUCAUCGCGAAGUGAGGAGAAAAGUGAACAAGGGAGACUUGUGUUGAGUGAUAAAUAGACUAAAGAAUUCAGUGCCCAUUCACGUUGAUUCGUGUACAUCAAGAGAGACAACCUAUUAGGCCGAGCUGAGCGUGCACUCCAAAAUGUGCGACAGCAGACUGUUGCAUGUCCGUACAAACUGCAAAGCGCGCAUACUAGCAUCAAAUUAAAGAAGCGGAUGUAGUCCGACCUUAGGUAUUGAGUAGUAUCUACCUAUUAAUUUAGUCGAGAAACCAAUACCCCUUACCAAACGACCCGCAAGAACCGCAAUCUGGCACAUUCAUAUUAAAAAGAAAGUUUUACACACAUUUCAAUAUGUGUGUGCUAGAUUCGGUCGCAUAAGGCGAAACAAAGUAAUGCUGCUGACGUCAGAACAGCUUCUAGAAUCUAGCUCAUUACAGAAUCAAAAUAAGUCACGGAUAGUAUCAUGUAUUUUGUGCAUGAUAGUGAUGUGAAAUGCUACGAAGAUAUCGAUUCUGUUUAGGUAUUUGCGAAUUACGAAUCCUACUUGCCUUAUGCCCGUUUUUGAUAUUUAAUCUAUCUGUAAUCUAUAGAUCGGUAACUUAGGAACGUUGUUAUUUGUCAAAAACACCAUAGCUACAAUAUAUUUUGACAUGAUCUUGACAAAAAACAGCGUUGCUAAGUAACUUGUCCCCAGAUUACAGAUAGAUUUAAUAUUGAAAACGCAUGUUAAAUAUAACUGAUUGGUUUGGCUCUCUUGAUUGAAGAAACGGUCAUGCGUUAAUGGAGGGUAUAAUAAUCGUGUCCAUGUGUCAGUGUACCUACAGACCAAGUGAUGUGUAUGGUUUUAGAUGAAGAUAAACAUUUCACGUCGCCACACUUGUUGAUAUCGUAGACUUUAUGUAAUGUAUGUAGCUAAAGUCAGCGGUGCUAAUAGAAAAUGUUGAACUAGAGUCUUAAAUGAUACUUAUUUAUUAAUUUUUAACAUUAAAAUAUACAUAUGAAGAAAUACUGCUAACUAUUACGAAAGUUAAUUUAAAACAAUCUAUAAAAAAUAUUAGGUCAAUACUUACCUAAGUAUUAAAAAUUUAUUAUCUUACCUAGUUAUAAAUAAAAAAAAAAAACCACAACGUUAAAACUAUUUACAUAUAAAAAAAGAGUAUUUAAAAAACUGAUUGUUACAAGGAGAUUCAGUUGUAUGCCUAAGUCAAAGUACCUAGAUUUAAAAAAAAUUAUCAACAUCGAAAAUCUUAAAUAUUUUAUUAUUAUCAACAUUUUCAUACAGGUUUGCACAAUAAACUUACAAACUGCGCAUUUAUGGCCAUCUUAAGCUUUAAUUGAAGGAGAUACAAAAUAGUUUAAGAAAACAAUAUUGCUGUCUCAAUUAUUAUGGAGACUCAGUUUAUUUUUAUAAUGCCGAAUUUUACCAAUGUUACCAUUUUACGUACAAGCAGAAUAAUCUAUGUAUUUUUGUCAUAAGUAGAUUUUGUCGAUAAAUAACAAUUCACUGCCUACUUACGUCCCUAGUAUUAUGUUUGUAAAUUAUUUUUGUAAAAUAUUGGCAUAGUAAUUAAUUUUAGUUAAGUAGUUUUAUUCUUACUAACAAGUACGUAAGUUACUUUAAUGAAUAAAAUCUCACAAAUAGUCAGUCA